GGAUGUGAGCUAAGAGGAAGAGCCUUGCCCCGCACUUCCCAGCGGCGCGUGGGGAGCAGCUGCCUCUGUCCUGCGUUUCAGUCCCAGGCGCGCAGCCUUCGGUUGGGUGCGCAGACAGAUCCCCGCCGCCCUCCCCGCGUCCUCGGCCUCCCAGGCUCAGGCCCCCGGGCCCCUGUGUCUCAGCGGAUGUCCUGAGUCGCUAGCCGCCAGCUUUGCGCGCCCGGGGGCCCGCGGCUGCUCCGGGGAGUCAGGGAGCCCUCGCCGGGUAUGCGCCGUCAGCAUGGGCUCGUGGCUCGGCGAGGUACAGUGGUUCGCCCUAGUGUCGCUCUUCGUCGCGGCCCUGGGCACCGUGGGCCUGUACUUGGCGCAGUGGGCGCUGGUCAGGGCGCGACCCCCGCCCCGGCGGCGGGCGGAGCCGGACGAGGGACGGCGCCAGGAGUCGGACACACUCCUGUCCUGGAUACUGACACUGGAUAGCUGGGGGAACCAGUGGCAGGCGGCCUGGGUGACCGCCCUGAACUACGAGGCCGAAAGAAGAGGGGGUCCACUGUGUCUUUCUUUCCAGCAAGACCCACGGCGACAGCCCUUGCAGCUGAGAGUCGGGGAGGUCUCCAGUGUGGCCAAGUCAGCCCAAGAGAAGAUGGUGAUCUGUCAAGUGGUGGGCGAGACCCUUCAGUUCCUGGUCAGUGCAGGGCCUGCCUCUGCCCCAGGCUCUGAAUUCCAGCUGUAUGACGUCCGGCUUUCCCCGUUUCAUUUAAAGAUGGAAUUCCACAUGGAAGAGAAGAGAGAGGACAUCCAGAUCAGGUGGUCUUUCACCCACACGCCAGACACAGCCAUCAAGAUUCAGCCCCAGGCCCCAGGGGAGAAACAGGUGCUCGAGGUAAACAUGCUUUCUGAAGCCCUUGAGGAUCUUCUCAAGCACCUAGUUAGUGCUGCCUCUCCAUCUGUUUUUCUGAGCACCAAGCCUAUGCAAGUUAAAGAAGCUCAGACUCUACAGUGCACUUCUUCCACUGCUCAGGAAUCCUGCCCUCCCAAACCUCCAAGGGCUCAUGAACUGAAACUGCAGGUGAAGAACAUCCGAGUCUCCCUGCUAAACCACCCUGGUGCUUCAGGCAGCAUUGGCUAUGUGUGUGAGGCCCAGCUGAACGACCCUGCUCAGCGGUUCAUCAGCACCCUAGUGAGAAACACUACAGACCUCGCGUGGGAGGAAGAAUUCAUCUUUGAACUGAAUGCCAAAUCCAAGGAACUGCUCCUGAAGGUCUCAGAGGAUGAGCGCUCCUCAGAAGGUCUGUUGGGGACAACAACCAUUCACUUGGACUUGUUUAGGAAGCAGCCUAACGGCCCACAGACCUUCAGACUGAACAGCGGGACAGAGCCUGACAGCCUGGUGUUGGGCUCAGUCACUGCAGAGUUUUCUUAUGUAGAACCUGGUGAGCCGAAGCCCUGGCCAGCUCCUCCCCGUGUGUCUGCUGCAAAGAUAGAAAAGGACCGCACGGUGAUGCCGUGUGGGACUGUGGUCACCACUGUCACCGCUGUGAAGACCAAACCUCGCUUUGACACAGGGAGGGCAUCCCCACUGAGCUCAGAGUCCCCCGUGAGGACACCCAUCAAGGUGAAGGUCAUUGAGAAGGACAUCUCUGUCCAGGCCAUUUCGUGCCACAGUGCCCCAGUCAGCAAGACUUUCUCCUCUUCAGAUACAGAGCUGUUGCUGCUGAAUGGUUCAGAUCCUGUGGCUGAAGUUGCUAUUCGGCAGCUCAGUGAAUCCUCAAAGCUGAAGCUGAAGUCCCCACGGAAGAAAAGCACGAUCAUCAUUUCAGGGAUCUCUAAGACCUCAUUGUCUCAGGACCACAGUGCUGCCCUCAUGCAGAACUAUGCAGCUGCUAUGGACAGCUCCAGCCAGGGGGAUGCCCCAUCCACUUUGUGCCCUGCAGAGGCAACUGUAGCCUCUGCCACCGCCCCACUUGAAGAAGAUGAGCCAGCCCAGGCCCUACCUGACCUCCAACCUAGAGAGCAUGAUCUGGACCCCUGGGACCUAGAGAAGGAGGCCCCAGCAGCAGAGUGGAGCUGUCCAGCCUUUCAGGAGCCUGAUGGGGACGAACGGUCGGAGAGCUCCCUGAGUGCUUCAGAGGCUGGAGCCAUCAAAAAGCAUAAAGGAGUCCUAAGGAAAGGCGCCAGGCUCUUCUUCCGCCGGCGACACCAGCAGAAAGACCCAGGCAUGAGCCAGUCACAUAACGACCUGGUAUUCCUGCAGCAGCCAGAAGGGAGGCAGAAGAAGGGGGUGACCCUCAGCCGGCUCCUGAACAAGAAGCUGCUUGCCAGGCAUAGAGGCAAGCACACCAUGAAUGGAACACCCAGUGAGCCCUGCCUAUAGCCCGAGUCACCUCCUGUCCUUGCAGCCGGAGGAUGGGGACCACAAAGGCCACUACCAGAAUAGCAGGAACCAGAGCCAUCAGAUGCCUGCUUGUCUAGCUCCCCCCGU